AUAGCUUUGGGAACCGAAGCAAGCAGUGGAUAACGCUCUAUUUAUGGAACCGGUGAUGCUCUUGUAUUAGCUGGAGAUAUGUUCUCUAGUAGAUUUUUUCCAUUUUAAGCACAAGAACUCAUCAUGUCUGCAACGGGGGGCUCAUUUAUGCAACAGCCAAACAACAACAGUGAGGCUGUCAGCAGAUGUAUGGUGGGCCCUGAUGCGCCCUUAUCAAGUCACCUUAGAUUCAAACCACAUCCUCCAUUUGCUGCAGGAAAACCUAAAGCAAGGCCUAGGCCAUAUUCAGCUCCUUCUAGAAGACAAGACACAUCAUACACCGUUCCUUGGCAUGGACCAAAAUUUACAGAACCCAAAAAUCCAACUCGCUUCUACAAUGUUUCACUCAUAAACCAUAGGCCUAUUGAGUCUGAUGUUAGCAGACAUGCUCCUUAUGCAGCAAGAAAAAUGGAAGCAUUCAUCAACUCUACUCUGGGUUAUCCUCGUGUAGAAAAUGGUCACAGUGUACCAAUUCCAUCAUACGAUCCGCUCAAUGAUCCCCAUUUAUCAGAAUACUUUGAGCGGCGUUUCAACUCUAUACAGAUGGAAGAGCUGAGGCGACAGAGACUUCUUCGUCCUCGGAGUGCUGGCAGCUAUGGAAGAAAUGGUCUCCUCACUAAGAGAAGACGGAUCGGGACUGGCGAUGAUAAUGUGCUUUAUAAAGUUGCUGUGACUACAGGAACCCUGAAGAACUGUGGCACUGAUGCUAAGGUUUUCAUCAGAAUGAAAGGGACCAGAGGCAAGAUCCCAAAGACUCGUCUCACCAAAAAGGCAGGCUCUGUCAAGUCUGGAAAGGGAGUGGCAUUUCGAUUUGCCAAGGGAUCAACCCAUGUGUUCAAGAUCUGGGGACCAUCCAUUGGGGAUCUAAAGUCCAUCAGCAUUGAGACAUCAGCUCUCAAGAAGGAAGAGGCUUGGUACCUUCAGGAGGUUGAGGUUGUCAACACAAAAAACAAAAAGUCGUGGCAUUUUUUCUGCAACCAGUGGUUCUCUCUGUACCAUGGCGACUGCCAGGUUUCCAGAGAGUUGUUCCCCGCACAAGCUUCUAAAACAGAAUACGAGGUCGUCACGGUGACCGGAGAGAGGCAAGGUGCUGGAACGAAUUCGAACGUCUUCAUGACCUUGUUUGGGAAAACUGGGACAACCUCAAAGAUUCAUUUGAAGAACAACAACAAGAGCCUGUUCACUAAGGGCUCCAGCGAUGUGUUCCGGUUCAAGUCCAACUGUGUGGGUCCAAUGACCAAACUGAGGAUAGAACACGACAACACUGGCUUUGCUCCGGGGUGGUACUUGGAGAGGGUGGUGAUAACAGAUCUGAAGAAUUCUCAGUGGAAAUACUUCUUUCCUUGUGGCCAAUGGCUUGCUAAAGAUGAAGGUGAUGGAGAAAUCAGCAGAGACCUCCUUGGUAACCGAGAUCCUUUGGCAAUCAGAAAGCCGAGCAAGUACAAGGUAACAGUCUACACUGGCAACAAAGGUGGAGCAGGGACUGACGCCAACGUGUCCAUCACGAUGUUUGGGGAGUUUGGAGACUCGGGGGAGAAAAAACUGACAAAGAGCAGAACCAACUGCUUUGAGAGGAAUUCAACUGAUGAGUUCAUUGUGCAGUGUCCCAAGCUGGGCAGACUGGACCGGGUCAGAGUGGGCCACGAUAAUUCUGGGUUUGGGCCAGGCUGGUUCCUCGAUAAG